AUAUUCUAAAGAGGGACAGUUAUGCUUUUACUGACACGGUUAUUUUUCCUUUCAUGUUUAAUAUCAUUAAGCACUUCCUACUGUAAUAUUCCUAAUUCUUGGCGUUUUACGUUUUAUAACGGAAAUGAGAACUGGCCUCUAAAAUGGUUUACUGGCUAUAUAGAACAGAAUGAAAAUAUUUUAGAAUUUCAAAAGGACUCUUUUACAUGGAAAAGUAAUAGCUAUGCCUGUAGAGAUAUGACAUAUACGAUUGAUGGAAAUAUAAAGGAAUAUUACAUCUUCUAUGAAGAAGAGAAACCUGGAUUCCCUUCCGGUUGUAUGAAAAUAAUAAAAGCGGACGAUUUACAUUUGUUUGUAGUAUUUUUCAAAAAUGACAUUGUAACAACGGAGGCAUCGCAUUGUUUACUACAACUUAACCUAUUAAAAAUUAAAAAAUAUGCAGCUAUAUGGUUUGUUAAUUGUGAGUAAUUCUAGAAAAACCUCAUAUCAUAGUUUGAAGACUAGAAAAAUAUUUUUACAGAUCCAAGUUUACAUUCUAGAAUUAACUGUCCUAUCCCAGAAGGCAACUACGAUAUUUUAUUUAUCGGCAGUGGUACUAUUACAAAUUGUAGAAAUAUGCCAAACGUAUCUAUUAAAGGGAGCAACAUGAAAUUUAGUUCUUGUCAAAAUGAUUCAAUACAUUUUGAUUUUCCUUAUAAUAGAAAAUUCGAAUGUAGAAGUGAGGUGAACGGAAGUUUUUUCGACUCUGAUGCUAAUGGAAAUUUAUUGCUAUUAAUGACAGUUGAUAACUUGGAUUCUCAAAUUUCCUCUGUUUACUACUGCGUUAGAUACCUCAAAGUAAAUGGUACUUGGUUUCUUUCAUUUAACAUACAAGAUAAGUUAAAUGGGAAUGCUUGCCUUUAUGGUCACAAUUUUUAUUCAUCCGAAUUAAGUAAAUACUCUGCCAUUAAGCUUGAUGAGGAAUCUUCACUACUUACGACGAGCAUAUAUGAAACAACUCGGAGAAAAAUAUCAACUCAUGCAGAAAUAGAAUCAACUGCUAGUCAACAACCUGAAGCAGAAACUACAACGCUUCAUGUUGCUGUAAAAACGUCUAUUUCGACUGUUUAUAUUGAUGAUACGACUUAUUCAUUGUACAAUCAGUCUACUCCUGUUCUAGUACGAUCUACUCCUCCAUUUUUUUGGAAACCAUCUACAACUGCUUCAUCUGAUUUACCUCCUUCACAAAUAGCUGCUAUAGUUUUUAUAUCCCUUUUAGGGUUAAUAAUUAUUGCUCUGCUAGCAAAAGGCUUCUCCGAAUGGUGGAGACAUUGUCAGUCAAAAACAUCAAAACGUGACAAUAUUUCAAGCAAUAACUUUAUAGAAUCUGUAGAAUUUACAGAGACAAGUCGUCAAGAUGCUGAUGGAAAUGCAGGAGAAGCUGAGCAAACGGAAUUAACUUGGGAAAUAGGUGGAAAAGAUGGAACAAAUUUUCCGACUUUUCCAAAAGCUUUUUAUAUUCAACAUAAGAAACAGGCGGAUCCAACAAGCCUCAAUACAGGUCUAUAUGACUCUCAAGAUUCCAGUGCAAUUUAUUAUUAACGACAUGUUAAUAAGGAGGAACAUUUUAAAUAUUUACUAAAUUAUAUUGAAAUUGCUUCGAAAUAUCGUUAUCUUUUCACUAGGGGACAGAGAUGAAGAGGAAAUAAAGAGGGAAAGAUGUGGUAAAAACAUGAGAAUUGAAGCAAAAAAAAUAAUUCCUUAUAUCCUAAGCUAUUCUACUUUAUUUUACAAAUUUUUUUCGAGUAAAUCUCAAAUCAAAGACAAAAGUAUUCGAUCUUCUUUCAAGUUGGAAGUAAAAUUAUCUCUGUUAUUAAAGAGAAAGAUCUAAACUAGCAAAGAAACAAGAAAAUUGUUCCACUUUCAACGCAUAGUCUCUUUUUUCUUUACUUCAAACUUGUACAUAAAAAAACAGCGAUUAAAAUAAACCGUUAUUCUUUCAGAGAGCUGUUUAAUUGUUAUAGGCCGUAAGACUUAUAUUUUUAAUCGUUAAAUCUUCUUUUAAGAGAUUAGUCAGAGACACUCCAACUAUGCGG